CUCUCGGCUCGCCAUGGCCACGGCAUCGACGCGGGCGCACGGCGGCGGCCACCACCACCAGCAGCUGCCGCCGCCGCAAUCCCACGGGCUGCGAUACGAGCCGCUGCGCCGCAUGCAGGGCCUGGACCUGAAGGCCGCGCUCCGUGCCAGGAGCCCGCGCGCGUCCACCGUGGCCACGGCCGCGCUCCUCGUCCCGCUCGGCGCCGCGCUGCUGGGCGCCUCGGGGUUCGCGCUGGCUGCGACCCUGGCGGGGCUCGCGCUGGCCGCGCCGCUCCUCGUGCUCUUCAGACCGGUGAUCGUGCCCGCCGCGCUGGCCGCGGCUCUCGCCGUGUCGGCCUUCCUGGCGUCGGGCGGGCUCGGCGUCGCGGGCGUCUCGGUGCUCGCGUGGGCCUCCGGGUACGUAUGGCGGGGCGGCGGAGGCACCGGUGGGGGCCUCACCGGGAUGGUGGUGCAGCCGCUGGACCACGGGGAAAAGCGGCGCGGCGCGGAAGGCCCCGCGGCGUUCGUCGGCCACCGGCCCCGGGACAUCGACAUCGCCUAGGCGCGCGGCGUGUCCUCGGUGUUGGAGGGUCUGAUUUGGAUAUAUGCGUGAUCCAUUACUCCAUCAUGUUGUAGAUUCUAGCUCGGAUGAUAUAUGAUGUAAAUGUUGUUUUAAUUAAGAUCUCGAAUAAAAACGGAUUUGUGCUACUUGAAAA